UAAUUAUUAUUUUAUAACGUGUUUUUAAUAUAGCAAUAGUGUGUAACGUGUCAAAGCGCUGAACCAUUGCGUUUUAAAUCUAAGUGUGGUCCCCCUAGAAUUGAAGAAUAAAAUGGCAUGGUACGUCCCAACACGGACAUCAACUGGGGAACAAAUGCUGGGUUUUUUUUUGGCAGAAGUUGUAGCUCACAUGCUGAAAGGCGCGCGUAGGUAUGGUUAUGAAUGAGCUAUAUGCUAGUGAAAAGGCCGCGUUAUUUGUUGAAAUAUUUUGUAUUAUAUUGUCACUUUUAAUCGCUGUAGUGUGUUGUAGGCUGCUAGCGUUUGAGUAGUUUCCCUGGCUGAUAUUAGCUGUCUAUCAGCUAACUAGCGUCGUGUUUAGACGUUAAUAGCUGGUUAGCAAGCGCUGCUAUAUUGCAAGCUAGCUUUUACAACAGGGGGUUGGGCUGCUAGUUACAUAGCAUUUCACAAUGUUACAUUAUCAGAGCAUGUCCUGAAGCCAAAGCUACCACUUUUCUGGUGGUUACAAGGAAGAUAGUCUACCUAGCCAUCGGCCGCGAACUAAGUAUUCUAGCUAGGUACAGUACUGACCGUUUGUGCACUGCUAGCAAUAGCCAGGGCAUGCCUCAUUGACCCUAACCUACUAACUAUAUUAUAGCCUGUCUUCUAUGUGUAACAUAUAUUUGGAUUGUUAAUGCCUAUCCAGACAUAUUUUAACUCCUGAAAUACGGGGAUAUCUAAAACAUUUUUUAGAACGAACUAAGACCCCAGUACGUUAACUAAAGUAAUUAGCUUGCCUGCUUAAAAGGGCAAUUUGAAGCUACUACAAUAAUUUUUAGACCUUCUAAAUCUUUUUGUUUGUUUGUUGCAUACCCAUUGAUUAUUGAAUAAUAUAACUCGUAGAUGCCUCGUGAGCUUAGUUCAACUGUCAAAACCCAAUCAGAACCCACAAUGUAAGCUUGUGUUUUAUUCCUUUUGUUUGCAAUUACUGUAUAGCUUCAAAAUCUGAUUAAUCCUAUACUUUUGAUAUAGAUCAGGGGUAGGUAACCCUGUUAUUGGAUGGAGUGCCACAGAUACUACAGGAUUUUGUCCCAACUAGGCACCACACUGAGUUAGUUACUUGGUUAAUUGAUCAGUUCCCCGAUUGCCUAAAUUCAACACACCUGGUCUUCCAGGUCAGUUAAAUCAAAAACAUAAAGUGCCUGUGACAUUCUAGGACCAAGGUUGCCUACCCCUGUCAUAGAUGGUCAGUACUUCCAUCCAUAGCUCUGUCCAUGAAUUUGGGUGGUUGCAUUUCUCAAGCCCCAUCCUGUUUACCAAAUCAGUGUCAGUGUGGUCCGCUCUGUAAUUGUUCGAACUGCACAUUGCCCCUUUAAGACUGCAGUCAAUGACACUUGAGACUGAAUGAUCCAGUGUAGUGAAAUGGUGUUCUGUUGCCUUCACUUGGUGGAUCCCCCUAGCUGUUAACCUUGAGUCCAAUAGCCCAGUGGUUUUCAAACUGGGGAUGUUCCCCAAUGCUGGAAGUGGGGUCUGAGUGAAAAGUUUUGGGAACGUACAGUUUGGGAGCCUACAUGAUGUCAGUACAACAGCAAGAAUGAUGUCCCAUUAUGUGAUCACUGACAGCUGUCACCUAUGACCUUUCACACAAUUAAAAAACUUCCAUCUAAACAACCUCCCUGACCCACAUGUGCCGGAAGAAGGGUGUUUCACCGCACCAUUCCUAGAAAAGCCGGGUGGUAAAGUCAAACCAAAGAGUAAAUACACCGGACAUAAACAUCACCAACAAUACAUUUAGCAUGGAGGACUCUGGUCGAGGAGCCAGCUACACAGUGCCCUGUGACGACUACGUCCAUGUGGUGGAGUUCAGCCCCUUUGACAGUGGCUCAGCUGCCCUCCUGGCCUAUGGAGGAAACCAGUAUGUGGUGGUUGGCACCUGCCGCUUCCAGGAGGAGGACAUGGAGGUAGAGGGGGUUGAAUUCACCACACUGCGUGUUUUCCAUCAUGCGUUACGUGUGGAUUGCCUCGCAUGGAGCCCUGAGUCUCGGCUGGACAAGCUGCCCCAACUCAUCAGAUUUUGCACUGCUGCAGCAGAUAGAAAAGUGAGGCUGUUGACUUCUGAUCUUCAGAAUCAACAUGAAGUUAAGGUGAUGGAGGGUCACACAAGCUACAUCAACCACUUAGUGUUUGAACCCACGGAGGGGAAACAAAUCGCUUCGGUCAGUGAUGACCAUACAUGCAGGGUGUGGGACCUGGAGGGGAAUGAAACCACUACAUUUAGACUACGCUCUCCUGGUGUCAGUGUGUGCUGGCAUCCUGAAGAUGCCUUCAAGCUGAUGGUGGCCGAGAAAAAAGGGACGAUACGGUUCUAUGACCUGGUUACCCAGCAGGCCAUUCUUUCUUUGGAUUGCGGCCAGUCGCCGCUCAUGUCGGCCGACUGGUGCCUCUCCAACACCAUCAAGGUGGGCGCGGUGACGGGCAGCGACUGGGUCAUCUGGGAUAUUACCCGCUCCAGUUACCCACAAGAGAAGAGGCCUGCCCAUGUAGAACGAGCAGGAAACUUCAGGUGGUCUCGGGUCAAUGAGAAUCUCUUCUCCACAACAGGAUGUCCAGGCAAGAUCAGCAGUCAGUUACUAGUGCAUCACCUGGGUCACCCGCAGCCCGUGAUGAUUGGAUCAGCCACGGUGGGGGCGGGUCUAAGCUGGCACAGGUCCCUCCCUCUCUGUGUCAUUGGCGGUGACCGAAAGCUCUCUUUUUGGAUGACGGAAAUGUAAUGCAGUCCCUCUGUAUGGACAUACGGGAGGCAAUGCAAAUGUACAUCGAAACUGUUUGACAUGAGGUGUGGUCGGAUAUUUCUAUUUUCAUAAUUUUUCAAUAAAGUAUUUCAUUUUCCAU